UAUGGAGUGGCCGGUCCAGUAUUUCCGCCGCUGCUGUGUCAGAAUACUGGGCCGGCCGCUCAGCUCUUCUCUGCAGCAGGACCUUACCUGUUCCUCGGACCAGCGCUGUUCAGUUUUCCCGUCCACAGUCUCCGGUCAUCCCUGUACUGUCUGCAGUCUCUAGUCAUCCCCUGUACUGUCUGCAGUCUCUGGUCAUCUCCUGUACUAUGUCCGCAGUCUCUGGUCAUCUCCUGUACUAUGUCCGCAGUCUCUGGUCAUUUCCUGUACUAUGUCCGCAGUCUCUGGUCAUCUCCUGUACUAUGUCCGCAGUCUCUGGUCAUCUCCUGUACUAUGUCCGCAGUCUCUGGUCAUCUCCUGUACUAUGUCCGUAGUCUCUGGUCAUCUCCUGUACUAUGUCCGCAGUCUCUGGUCAUCUCCUGUAUUCUCUGCAGUGUCUGGUCAUCUCCUGUACUAUGUCCGCAGUCUCUGGUCAUCUCUUGUACUAUGUCCGCAGUCUCUGGUCAUCUCCUGUAUUCUCUGCAGUCUCUGGUCAUCUCCUGUACUAUGUCCGCAGUCUCUGGUCAUCUCCUG